CGCUGGGAGGAACGAAGGGCGCGCGUGGCGGGCGCAACCGGAGUCUAAUGACUGCGGCACCGGGAGGGGCCCAGCGGCGCUUCCGGCCCAAGAGGGGGCACUUCCGGCGAGAGGAGGUGCGUGUGCGUGUGUCCGCCGCGCUGCAGCUGUGCCCAACCGCCGGCAGCGGACCGGCUGUGUCGGAGCGGCGCCGCGGCCAUGGACGACGAGCCCGAGAGGACUAAGCGCUGGGAAGGAGGCUACGAGAGGACGUGGGAAGUACUGAAGGAAGAUGAAUCCGGGUCGCUGAAAGCAACCAUCGAGGACAUCCUCUUCAAGGCGAAGAGGAAAAGAAUCUACGAACACCAUGGACAAGUCCGGCUGGGAAUGAUGCGUCACCUUUAUGUGGUUGUUGAUGGAUCAAGAACUAUGGAGGACCAAGAUUUAAAGCCGAACAGACUGACUUGCACUUUGAAGUUACUGGAAUAUUUUGUUGAAGAAUACUUCGACCAAAAUCCUAUUAGUCAAAUGGGCUUAAUUGUAACCAAGAGUAAAAGAGCUGAGAAGAUGACAGAGCUUUCAGGUAACUCAAAAAAGCACAUAGCUGCUCUGAAGAAAGCAGUGGAUAUGAACUGCCAGGGAGAGCCAUCUCUGUAUAAUUCCCUAAAUUUGGCCAUGCAGACUUUAAAGCAUAUGCCAGGACAUACAAGCAGAGAGGUUUUAAUAGUCUUCAGCAGUCUUACAACAUGCGAUCCAGCCAACAUCUAUGAGCUAAUCAAGUGUUUGAAAGCAGUUAAGAUCAGAGUGUCUGUCAUUGGUCUAAGUGCUGAAGUUCGAGUCUGUACAGUGCUGACCCGAGAAACUGGAGGAACAUACCACGUUAUUUUAGAUGAAAGUCAUUAUAAGGAACUGCUGAUGCAUCAUGUUAGUCCUCCACCUGCCAGCUCAAGUUCGGAGUGCUCCCUCAUUCGAAUGGGUUUUCCUCAGCACACCAUUGCUUCCCUUUCUGACCAAGAUGCAAAGCCAUCCUUCAGCAUGGCACAACUGGAAAACAACAGUGAGCCAUGUCUUACACUGGAUGGGUAUUUCUGUCCUCAGUGCAGAGCCAAAUACUGUGAACUUCCUGUGGAAUGCAAGAUCUGUGGUCUUACACUAGUGUCUGCACCUCAUCUGGCUCGGUCUUACCACCACUUGUUUCCUUUGGAUGCCUUUCAGGAAAUCCCGCUGGAGGAAUAUCAGGGAGAACGGUAUUGUCAAGGCUGCCAAGCAGAAAUCAAAGAUCAAAAUGUUUACGUGUGCAAAACGUGCAAGAAUGCAUUUUGUGUGGAGUGUGACAUGUUUAUUCAUGAUUCCCUGCACUGCUGUCCUGGCUGCAUUCAUGAGCACCCUGCUCCUGUAUCUGUAUGAUGUCAUCUUUGUUAGAGACUGUUGUAUCAGUUUAAUUCUUGUGCAAAUCUUGUGUGGACUGAAAGCCAGAUGUGGCUUUCAGUGAGGCAGCUGAAAACAGGAAUGAUCACAGAAGAAUGAGCACUGGCUUGGAAGCAAAUAUAACAUUUCCUGAUGUAUUAAUAAUGUUUUAACUGUUAAUCAGAUACAGAUAAUUCAGGAGUAUAUUUAUUUUAAAAGUUCUGAGUUUUUCUGACUUUUGCUGUGGGUUAACAUGUACAUUUGUAAAUGUGGGAGUAAUAAAACUACUUUGUAUAU